AUGAUUCCCAUCUACACAACGCUCCUCCCCCUCCUCCUCCCCCUCCUCCUCCCCCUUCUCCCCACCCAAACCAAUGCUUAUAAUCCCUCAAAAUCCCCCGGCUCCAAAAAUGCCGUCCUCCUCAGCUCUAUCCAAUCUCUAACCUUCUACGCAAACCGCAAAACAACCCACCGCCGCGUCCCCGCCGUCCAACAAUUAACCUGCAUCGGGCCCUCUAAGAAGAUAUGCGCCCUCUAUACCCCGGAUGUCAUGCGCUGCAUAAACCAAGGCCAUGACUAUGACGAGAACGACGUGCAGUGGACAUGCACGGCGCAGUUGCCGCCGGAAUUUAAGCUGGGGAGUACGGAUGUGAUCUGUGAAGGAUAUAGGGAUAAGGAGGAUCCCUGGGUAUUGAAGGGCAGUUGUGGAGUGGAGUAUCGGCUGUUGUUGACGGAGAGGGGGGAGCAGAAGUAUGGGAAGCUUCCCUUGGCUGUCUGGGUGGCGGUACUGGGCAGAGGAGAGGCUGGCGCCCAUGGGGCGAAGGAUGGGGAUGGGGAGGUGGGUGGGGUCCUGGAGGCGGAGGCGGAGGAGGCGGAGGAUGGGGUGGAUGGAAUGAUCCGCCGCCUCCAUAUGAUUAUUCGGGAUUUAGGAAAACGCCGUCGUGGAAGCCUGGAUUUUGGACGGGUGCUGCGGCGGGAAGCGCGGCGGCAUAUGCUCUGGGGAGGGGAGCCAGGUCGGGCUCGAGAUCGGGAUCGUCGAGGUCAGGGUGGGGAUGGGGAUCGGACCAAGCGGAAAGCUCAAGGUCGAGCUCUUCUCGACCGUCAUUCUCACCCUCUACUUCUACGUCGGAAAGUACUGGAUUUGGGGGCUCUAGGAGGCGGUAGAAUAUUGAAUCUCCACCAGCUACAACGGGGCUUAUGA